AUGGAACAGAAUCUUAGACAUGCAGCAGUGAACAAACCAGACCCGACGGCACCUGGAGGAGUAAGGGUGGAGUUCAAGGGAUUCAUGGUCACCGUUGUGAACUAUUUGGCGCAAGGACUUAACUUCUCGUACACAUUCAAACGGCCGCCAGAUGGGUCGUGGGGAGCAAAGAUACAGAAUGGCUCCUUCACUGGCAUGUUGGGCCAGGUCCACAGAGAGGAAGUGCACUUUGGCCUGGGACCUUUCAGUAUUAAUGCCGCUCGCUACGAGGCCGUCGAUUUCACUUGGCCGGUUUCCUUCGAAGAAGUCAAAGUCUUCGCUGGUCGAGGGAGUCCUGAGGUAGACCCGUGGGGCUUUCUGCUGCCCCUCGCCCCGUGGGUGUGGGCGGCUCUGCUAUCAACCUUUCUCCUUCUCUCUGUCACCUCAUCCUUCCUCUUCAACAGAUUUUCAGAGGAAGACUUGGGUAGCAACGAAAUCUUUGCCUCAAAUAUGCUAUAUUUUGUCAGCAUCGUGUUUCGUCAGUGUGAGUUACCAACAUUACACAGCAAUGUAAUGCAUUUACAAGUUGACGCUUUGGUCUCUCUUGUUGUGGUGCAAGACAUUCUCCAAAUGUAAAUAAGUCCCGUCCAUCACAUUUAUUCUAGCAUUGCAUUAUGUUUAGAUAUGUAUCACAGUUUGCAGACGUAAUUUUCACGUCUCACACUGGAAUGAUGCAAUUAAGUCAGUGCCCACAGCUGUCUGGUAACACAUCUGUAACUCCCAGCGCUGGCAGCCGUGUGGAUGGGUGAGGGCGGGUGGUGGUGGCAACGCGUGGUGCUGGGCGUGUGGAUGCUGAUGACCAUGGUGCUGACGCGCAGCUACGAGGGCAACCUUAUGUCACUGCUGGCCGUGAGACACCUGCCCCAGCCCUACCAGACCCUCAGGGACGUGGUGGACGACCCCUCCGUGGUUAUGGUCUGGCACAAGGAAGGAGCACCCAUUCAAUCGGUUAUGGUGCGUAAACACAAAGAGUUGCUUUAACGCCGUCGAAGGAUCGGUUAACACCAAAUUUACCAUUAUUUUGUGGCAUAGAUUGCAGUUUUAACUUGAAUGUAUGUGCAUGAAGGAUUUGUCAUAGACAGGACGCUACGUCUGGGAUCUUCCACGAGGUGAAGUCGAGUGAAGAGCAAGGGCGCUUGAUGGCGUUGCCUUUAAUCAAAUAUCGCUCCGUCCUGGACGAGGUUAUAAGUCAGAAGAUAGUGAUCAUAGAUUAUGAGAGGAUAACGAGAGCUGCCAGAGGAGAACAUUUUUCUCGUACAGGUGUGUAAGAGGUGAUUUGCUACACACACACACACACACACACACACACACACACACACACACACACA